UAUGUGAGUCGUGUUGUAAACAAGGAAACCACCAGAGUGCCGCUGAAGACUCCAGCUUAUUACGGUUGGUCUGACAUGCUUUUGAAAGAGAGGCAGAACUAUGAGUUGAAGAAUAGUUGCUUUGGAUACGGCGAAAUAUUGGAGGUAUCUACAUAAGCUAGGUAAUUAUUAGAGGUGUAAAAGUGAUAAUUUUUAUUCUUGUGUAACAGAUAUCAGAUGACAAGAUCGGGGGAAAUGAAAAUGUAAUGAAAUCUCUGAGGGAUAAAAAUCGUGAACAAAUGCUGUUUGGAGAAAAAUGUCAGCAAAAACAAGAUGUUGCAGAGAGGAAGGAACUAAAGUUGCAGGACAAGUUGUGCCAAAGUGACCAACUGCUUCAGGACAAUGUAGACGGUCACGUACGGAUGGAGUUGGACAACAUCGAAGUUGAUGUGAAUGAUGAUAUAGUGCCAGACAGUGAGGAUAUAGUAAUUGAUGAGGCCGGGGUGAGCGCAGAUUCUACUAUGAAAAGUAAUCAGCAGGAUCAAAAAAUUUUGAAAAGUUUGGUGCAGGACAAAUGUUAUUCAAUCCCAAAUGAAGAGGCGGGGCUAACUGAGAUUGCUCUUGGAGAAGCAGCAAACAGGGACAACACGAAGGUAUCUAAAGUUGACCCUGUUAUUGAACGCGGGACCCAAAUUCGAGUUGGAGAGGAAAUCGAUAGACACUUUGCAGAGGAGCCAUAUGUCGAGGGAUUUUUGAGUAGCCUUAACCAGUUGGACGUCUUGUACAAAAAGUGUUUAACUGAGUGUGUUACCACAUUUGCUCUCUAUCCGGAUAAUAAAAGACUUGCAAAUGCGAAAGAGGAGUUCCCUUUCUUUUUCAAAUUAUUUGAGGAAACAAGCCCAAUGACUAAAGGUUUGUGCUCUGCUAGUGAAACACGCAAGAAAGCUGUUGAGACAGAAGAAGACAACGCAGAAUUUGUGCCGAGCUUCUCUCUGGGAUUGUCACAAAUGCCUCUGAAAAACCUUGACAUUGAAAUGGAGGGAAUGUUGCCUGGGAACUUAAAAAUACAGAUGGAUAAGGAUGAAGGCAAAAAUGGGAAUACACACGUAGAAGGUGAUACUGAUCGAAAGGAAAUGGUAAAAGGCAAGAGUGUGGAAUGUAUUACUGAAAGGCCGAGGCGCGGGUUUGUUCCAGCACAAGUGUGUAGGUCUCCUUUUGUUACAAGAGUGGUUGAUGUUAACGCCCACAAGAUUGGUGCUGAUGAGAAAGAUGCAUGGGACUGGGUUAUGCAAAACAAGCGCAAUAAAGAGGAAUAUUUAUUUGAAUGGAAUGGGCGUUACUGCACAAAGGCUCAUUUCCAGUCACUGCAUGACAGUAAAAUGGUAGAGACGACCUUAAUUGACACUUGGAGCUACAUCCUUAAUGAGAAUGAGAUACUAAGAUCAGAGAAUUCUCCACUGAGAUUAUUUUUGACCACUGAAACUACGUAUGGUCCGUUGCAGUUACAGUAUGACCCCUUGAGCAGAUAUUGCGCUUUCGAUGAUCAUGUAGAUUUGGCGCUUGCAAUGGCUAAUGAAGUGCACAACAAGCAGUACGACGUCAAUGACUUCGAUUUGUUUGUAUUCCCAAUUUAUACUGGGGCGCAUCACUAUUUAAUAGCAUAUGACUUGAGAAAACCUCGGUGUGAAAUAUUGGACAAUCGAGUUCAGACAGCAUCUAUUGAGGAAACUUAUGGUGAUCUUCCAGAGAAAUUGCAUGAUUGCUUUUGCCAAUUCUUGUCAUGCUAUGACUUGCCAAAAUACCCUCAAAUACAAAAAUUAGUGCCGGUUGUAGUAUCUACUGCAUGGCAAACUUCAGAAAAUCAUAAGGAUUGUGGGAUUUUCGCUAUGCGCCAUAUGGAAACCUAUAUGGGAAAUUCUUUUUUGUGGAGGAGUGGAUUGCGAACAGAAAAGGACAACCAGAAGUCUGUUCUGAACAAACUUCGAUACAUAUAUUGCCACCGGUUGUUGACGUGGUCUCGCAAUCGAAGAAGGAAUCUUGCAAUCAAAGGCAUGAACAAGAUUUCAAAACUAAGAAGGAAUAACUAG